AUGGCCAUCCAAUUCCGUUCACUUUUCCCCUUGGCAUUGCCUGGAAUGCUAGCAGUCCUCGGCUGGUGGUGGUUUUUCUCUCGUAAAAGGCAUGUCAGCAGCCAGGACAGACAGGUGGAGGCCAGCGCUGUGGAGCUGAGGGCUGGCUGUACCAUCAGAGAGCCACGCCCCAGGGAGGACCCCUGUCCUGGAGUAGUGUCCACACCCCCCAACGUCGGACUGCUGGCAGAAAAGGAGCUGUCUACCGUGAGCAAGCCUCCCGCAGAGCCCCCAGCCUUGCUGCGGCCACAUCCAACCUCUCGCAGGUCCGAGUCCUCAGGCAGCCUUCCUAACACCACGGACACGAGAUUUCGACCAGGAACACGCAGAGAUGACAGUGCAAAGGUGGAACUAGCCCUAACGGGUGAUGAAGCUGGGUCCGUUCCUCCAGAGUGUCCCCUCCCGACCCCAAAGAGUGUUCCUUUUGCCCACGAAGCGGCCGAGGUGUGCAAGCGAGAGUCCCCGUUCAGUGCGACGGGAGUAGGGGGCUGGCAGGGCCAGGCUGCGGCCCCCCAAGAGAAGCCGAGAGAGACGGGGGGGACCGAAGGCACCGGUGACGCAGCGUCAGGAGAAGGCGUGCUGGAAGAGGGUGUGCAGUCCCCGGAGCCCGACUCUGAAUCGGACAGCAGCAAGGCGCCCAGCCCCGCUCCCUCGGGAGCAGCGGGGGAGAGCGGGAAGGUCAGCCCGCCGCAGACGGAGGAGGAGGAGGAGGCAGUGGGGAAGCUGCUGAGCAGCCUCAUCGAAUCGGCUCACACGGAGCUGAGGGAGGAUGACGAGCUGCUGGUGCCACGGGUCAGCGGCGGAGCCUGCCACGCAGAUGGCACAGGGGGGCCAGGCAGAGAGACUGUGGAGCAAAAUGAGAAGAUCGAGCAGGCUGCCUACCAGAUCAUCUCCAGAGUGAUCUUGGAGGCAACUGAAGAGGUGCUGGCCACCACCGUGGGCAGGAUUGCAGAUCGGGUGUAUCAGGCUUCAGCUGGUCAGCUCCAAGGGCAGGAGGAGAGCUGUGUGCCGGUCUGCCAGAAAUCUGCCCCGGGGCAAGGUGCUGAGGAGCCCGCUCCAGCCACCGAGGAGGCAGAGGCAGCCUCCGCCGCAGAUGCCACGCUCCCCUCGCCACACCUGCCCGCAGAGGACCUGCCACCACCAAAGACCUACAGGAGCUGCCUGAGCAGCCCUCUGUCCAGCCCCACCAAGGACAGGAAGCCAAAGAACUCCGCACACCACAUCUCCCUGGCGCCUUGCCCAACUCCAGCCGUCCCCCAGGGAGAGUCACUAGAUGAAGCCCGCGUCCUGGUGGAAAAUGCCGGAUGCAUCCCCUGCACUUCUGACACCAGCCAGGAGGCCCCUUCAGUGGCCUCUGAGCAGUGCUCAGAUUCCAUCAGCACUUCGGGGCUUGAAGACUCGUGUACGGACACCAACUCAAGCCCCAGGAGCAAGGCCAUCUCCCCGCCGCCGCUGCUAGAAAGUACUAUACCCUUCAGCAAUGGGGUGCUGAAGGGGGAGCUAUCAGACUUGGGGAAUGAGGAUAGCUGGACCGUGGAUGCAGAAGCAGAUCAUUCGGGAGGCUCGGACGGGAACAGCAUGGACUCAGUGGAUGGCUGCUGUGGCCCCAGGAAGACUGACAGUUUCCAGAACGCCCAAACAGGCUCCAGUCCUAAGAAGGUGGACCUCAUCAUCUGGGAGAUUGAGGUGCCCAAGCACUUAGUUGGUCGGCUAAUUGGCAAGCAGGGGCGGUAUGUGAGUUUUCUGAAGCAAACAUCUGGUGCCAAGAUCUACAUCUCAACCCUGCCUUACACCCAGAACAUCCAGAUCUGCCACAUAGAAGGUUCUCAGCAUCAUGUAGACAAAGCACUGAACUUGAUUGGGAAGAAGUUCAAAGAACUGAACCUCACCAAUAUCUACGCUCCCCCCCUGCCGUCACUGGCACUGCCUUCUCUUCCAAUGACUUCCUGGCUCAUGCUCCCUGAUGGCAUCACUGUGGAGGUGAUCGUGGUCAACCAGGUCAAUGCUGGGCACCUGUUCGUGCAGCAGCACACGCACCCUACCUUCCAUGCACUGCGUAGCCUGGACCAGCAGAUGUACCUGUGUUACUCGCAGCCCGGAAUCCCCACCUUGCCCACCCCGGUGGAAAUAACGGUCAUCUGCGCUGCCCCUGGCGUGGACGGUGCUUGGUGGCGAGCCCAAGUGGUGGCCUCCUAUGAGGAAAGCAAUGAAGUGGAGAUCCGCUACGUGGACUACGGUGGAUAUAAGAGAGUGAAAGUGGACGUGCUCCGGCAGAUUCGAUCUGACUUUGUGACUCUGCCAUUCCAGGGAGCAGAGGUUCUUCUGGACAGCGUGAUGCCCUUGUCAGAUGAUGACCACUUUUCACCUGAAGCGGAUGCAGCCAUGAGCGAGAUGACCGGAAACACAGCACUGCUGGCUCAGGUGACAAGUUACAGUCCAACUGGCCUUCCUCUAAUUCAGCUAUGGAGUGUGGUUGGAAAUGAAGCGGUGUUGAUAAACCGGUCGCUGGUGGAGCGAGGCCUUGCUCAGUGGGUAGACAGCUACUACGCGAGCCUCUGACCCCCGUCUCCCACAGACGCUUCUGGAGUCUUUAUGCACUGUUGAAACCGGGCUUGGCGCUGAGGCAAAGACAUUACAUCAGAAUAACAAACGUUAUCUUCCCCA